CGAUGAUUCCCGACUAUUGUUGCAUUCCACCACAUACUCAAUCAUGGCCAAGAGAAGAGUCAAGAAGCGUACGCAUGUCGGCGCCGCCAAUGGCACAGGCAAACCUGCGCCCAAAUCCGGGACGCGCCCGCCGAAGAGUAUGGUUAUUCGAGUGGGCGCCAGCGAGGUCGGUCAGAGUGUAUCGCAACUGGUGCGCGAUGUCCGAACGAUGAUGGAGCCCGAUACGGCGUCACGAUUGAAGGAGAGGAGGAGUAACAAGUUGCGCGACUACACCACCAUGGCAGGACCGUUGGGAGUGACACAUCUGAUGCUCUUCAGCCGGAGCAAUACUGGCAACACCAAUAUGCGCCUGGCGUUGACGCCGCGAGGACCGACGUUUCAUUUCCGGGUCGAGCAAUACAGUUUAUGUAAGGACAUCCGACAAAACAUGAAGAGGCCGAAGAGUGGUGGCAGUGAGCAUUUGACCGCGCCGUUGCUGGUCAUGAACAACUUCAACUCUCCCGCCGUAGAUGAAGCGAGCGGCGAGAAACAAGGUCCUCGUGUACCGAAACACCUCGAAUCCCUCGCGACCAGCGUCUUCCAAUCACUUUUUCCGCCCAUCAAUCCCACCGCCACGCCCUUGAAAGGAAUCAAGCGUGUCCUCCUCGCCGACCGUCUCCGCGACACAGACUCCCCUUCCGACGCAGCCACGUACGUUCUCAACCUCCGACAUUACGCGAUCGAAACCCGCACCGCCAAAUCGGUCCCCAAAGCUCUCCGCCGUCUCGAUGCCGCUGAGAAACUCACCCACGCGGGCCAAAAGCGCAAACGUGGCGGUCUGCCCAACCUCGGCGGCCUCAAAGACGUCUCAGACUAUCUCCUUGAUCCCCACGCCGCAGAUGGCUUCACAUCCGGAUCCGACUCGGAACCGGACACCGAUGCCGAAGUCGAGAUCGCCGCGGCCGUGGCGCGCAAGGUCUCGAAACGCAAGCCCGCCAAAGAAGGCGCGGAGAAACGCGAUGCGAAAGCCAACGUGCAGAGAAAAGCGAUCAAACUCCACGAACUCGGGCCUCGACUGAAAUUACGAUUGACCAAAGUCGAGGAGGGCGUCUGUUCGGGCAAAGUCAUGUGGCAUGAAUAUAUCCAUAAGAGUAAGGAGGAGAUCCGCGAGAUGGAGAAAUAUCAUGAGCAGAGGAGGAGGGAGAAGGAAGCUAGGAAAGCGGAACAGAAGGCUAAUGUUGAGAGGAAAAAGGCGGAGAGGAGAGCGAGAGGAGAGACGGUCGAGGACGAUGAAGACGAGGAGGAGGAAUUUGAUGAGGAUGAUGAUGAGUGGGAUGAUGAGGACGGCCUUGAGGCGGACGACGGCGGACAGGAUGAGGAUAUGGAAGAUCGGGAUGACAACGACGAAGCACCUGAGUGAUUGAGUCGUUGCGAACAGUCCGAAGCACGCUGGAUCAUUGCUUUCAUAUUAGAGUGACGGCGAUACCUGUCACGAUACAAUUCACCGCCACGAAGAAUCAUGUUUGUACGAUGAUGAGAAGAGAAACGUCCACUCCAAG